AUGCUAUCCUCGAGUUCGCCAAAUCGCCCACCCGUCUCCCUUUCCGUCGCGCGUCACGUCACCAUCUCGUCGCCCGUCCCGUCGCCCUCUUCGUCGCCCUCUCUCCCCUCCUCUCCUCCCGUCGGCCUCUCUCUCGCCCCUCCCUACCGAUCGCCCUCCUGUCGCUCGCCACGUCGCGCUCUCUCUCUCCGCUCCCUUCCCGUCGCCCUCUCUCUCGCCCCUCCCUUCCUGUCGUGCUCUCUCUCUCCGCGCCCUUCCCGUCGCCCUCUCUCUCGCCCCUCCCUUCCCAUCGCUCUCUCUCUCUUCGCUCCGCCCUCUCUCUCGCUCCUCCUUCGAAUCGCGCUCUCUCUCCGCUCCCUUCCCGUCGGCCUCUCUCUCCGCUCCCUUCCCGUCGCGCUCUCUCUCUCCGCUCCCUUCCCCUCGCCCUCUCUCUCGCCCCUCCCUUCCCGUCGCGCUCUCUCUCUCCGCUCCCUUCCCGUCGCCCUCUCUCUCGCCCCUCCCUUCCCGUCGCGCUCUCUCUCUCCGCUCCCUUCCCAUCGCCCUCUCUCUCGCCCCUCCCUUCCCGUCGCGAUCUCUCUCUCCGCUCCCUUCCCGUCGCCCUCUCUCUCGCCCCUCCUACCCGUCGCGCUCCCUCUCUCCGCGCCCUUCCCAUCGCCCUCUCUCUCGCCCCUCCCUUCCUAUCGUUUUCUCUCUCUCCGCUCCGCCCUCUCUCUUGCUCCUCCCUUCGAAUCGUGCUCUCUCUUCGCUCCCUUCCCGUCGCGCUCUCUCUCUCCGCUCCCUUCCCAUUGCCCUCUCUCUUUCUGCUCCCUUCCCAUCCUCCCUUCUCGCUCGCCUCGAAUAGCCCUCCCGGCGACCUUCGACUCUCCCAUCACUUAUCUCCGCACUCGACACCCUCUCUCCCGCCGCCUAUCCUCUCUCCCGUCGCCUAUCUUUUCUCCCGUCGCCCUCCCGUUUUCCGUCACCCUCCCGUUUCCCGCCCCCCUCCCGUUUCCCGUUGCCCUCCCUUUUCCCGUCGCCCUCCCGUUUCCCGUCGCCCUCGCGUUUUCCGUCGCCCUCCCGUUUCGCGUCGCCCUCCCGUUUCCCGUCGCUCUCCCUUCUUCCGUCGCCCUCCCUUUUCCCGUCGCUCUCGCGUUUCCCGUCGCCCUCCCGUUUCCCGUCGCCCUCCCAUUUCCCGUCGCCCUCCCGUUUCCCGUCGCCCUCCCGUUUCCCGUCGCCCUUGCGUUUCCCGUCGCCCUCCCGUUUCCCGUCGCCCUCCCGUUUCCUGUCGCCCCCCUUCUUCUGUCGCCCUCCCGUUUCCCGUCGCCCCCCUUCUUCCGUCGCCCUCCCGUUUCCUACGCCCUCCCUUCCCGUCGCCCUCCCGUUUCCCGUAGCCCUCCCUCUUUCUCUUCAUUCGCGUCACCUUGCCCAUCAUAA